AGUCAAUAGUGCAGUUUCACAAGAUGUCCUGGAAAAACCCGGAAAAAAUGUGCUCUGGCUUAACUACCAAUGAAUGUUGUUAGAGGUGGGUCUUCAGUUCAAAAGACCGACGCCAUUUGAACAUGCUCCCCAGAAAUUUAUGAAAAGAUUUUACAGAUGGUGGUUUAUUUAACAAUAUUUUUAUCAAUAAUAUAUGUGUUUGAAAUGUGAGCAUACAUCUAUGUACCUGAUGUGUGUAUUAUGCAACACCAGUAAACAGGUGCUUUGAUUCUGUUUCUGUUUAUUUAACAUCUGCACCCAUAGAAGCCUACUGUAUGAAGAAAUCUGCUCUCUAUUAAGCAACAGAUUAAAAAAUGUUUUCAUCCAAAAAUACUAACAACAUGGGAGCCAUGUUUGAAGUAAACAUGCGAGAGCGAGAUGAUGGAAGUGUGACAUUGAGCAACCUGUCCCCCAAAGCUGUCAAAGCCUUUUUAGAUUUUGCUUAUACAGGAAAGAUGGAAAUAAAUGAAGAAAAUGUAGAAAUGUUCUUCCAGCUCUCCUCCUUUCUACAGGUCUCCAAUCUUGCUGAAGCUUGUAGUGAUUUCCUUAUCCGAACAAUCGACCUCGCAAAUUGUCUGCAGCUCCUAUCUAUCUCAGAAGGAUAUGGCUCAACACGUUUGUACCACAGAGCUCUUGACUUUGUUGUACAUCAUUUUCAUACACUUGUAAAGUCCAGCGAUUUUCUGGAGAUGAAUGUUGCUAUCUUGGAAAAAUGUCUGGAGGCGGAUGAGCUCAAUGUUCCCGAUGAAGAGACCGUUCUAAAAGCUGUUCUUAUUUGGACAAAACAUGAUCUUGCGAAACGACAGAAGUUUUUCCCCCAGUUAGUUAAACUUGUGAGGUUGCAUCAGAUGCCCGAAGGAAGUCUAGAAACCUUUUCCCAGUCUGAAAAUCUCUUAAAUAGUAAUGUUGAUUGCCUUAAAACAAUCAAGGAAGUUACAAGGAGUCUUCGUGAGUUGAGUGGACUGUUUCCUGACGCACGGCCUUCCACUACUGAGAAGUACAUUUUUGUCCAUAAGACUGAGGAGAACAGCGAAAUCCGCCACACCUUCUGCUACAACAUUGAAACUGAUCGCUGGCAGGAGCUGCCUGAGACUCAUAUUUCUGACCUGUCAGGCUCAAGUUUGGUCAGCUUUGGAGAAAAGCUGUUUGUGACUGGUGGAUGCAAAGGUAACUGCUGUCGGGCUGUGCGACUUCACAUCGCAGAACCAUUCCAUGAUGCCACACAUGAGACCUGGUGUUAUUGCCCAGUUCAAAAUCAGUUUUUCUUGGUCUCGCCGAUGAAAAAGCCACGAACAAUGCACACAUCUGUUAUGGCGCUGGAAAAGGUUUAUGUCAUAGGAGGAAAAACUAGAGGGACACGCAACAUCAAAAGUUUAUUAGAUGUGGAAUAUUAUAACCCAUUGAGUAAAGAAUGGCAAUCAGUGAGUCCUUUGCCAAGAGGCAUCUAUUACCCAGAGGCAAGUGCCUGCAACACUGUCAUUUAUGUGCUAGGUUCAGAAGUUGAAAUAGCUGACAUUUUUAACCCUAGUUUGGACUGUUUCUUCCGAUAUGAUGCAGAUUCAGAUCAGUGGUCAGAACUGGUGGCAGAAUUUGGACAGUUUUUUCAUGCAACUUUAGUCAAAGCUGUCCCAGUGAACAACACCCUGUACAUCUGUGAUUUGUCUACAUAUAAGGUGUAUAGUUUCUGUCCAGAUACUUGUGUUUGGAAGGGAGAGGGCUCCUUUGAGUGUGCUGGCUUCAAUGCAGGAGCCAUUGGAAUUGCUGACAAAAUCUACAUAUUAGGAGGGGAUUAUGCACCGGAUGAAAUCACAGAUGAGGUGCAGGUAUACCAUAGUAACCGGUCAGAAUGGGAGGAAGUGUCCCCAAUGCCACGGGCACUUACUGAGUUUCACUGUCAAGUAAUGCAGUUCAACCGAUACAGAGAUCCAUGGAAGCUGAAUAUAGAAACUUAACAAAAUUAAUGAUCACACACAAUCAACCAAGUUAUUAGAAACACACUUGGACAUAAUAAUCAAAUUAUUCGGGACAUUUCUUAAAGUCUGGAUUUUAAAUUCAUGUAACUCACAGCUUGUGGAUAGAAGCACUUUUUUGGUCUCGAUUUACCUAAAACGUUUACCGUUUGGAAGGACAAUGAACAGAGCUUGCCCGGUUCAAAAUCAGGAUCACUGCUUCCAGUGACAUUUAAGAAUUCUUAAAUGUGUAAUCUUUCUAGACCAUAACAGAUGUGUUGACCACCCAUGCUAGAGUGUUGGAAAUGGUAAUGAAAUUCUCUACUACAACAACAACAACAACAACAUUUAUUUAUAUAGCA